UUCGUGCGAUGCGGCAAUGGUGCUUCCUCCCGUGCUGCUGCCAGGGUUUCAAGAUCGAGGAAGAACGCGAGGUAUUCCUAGAUCGCUCGCGGCGGCAAUCUUUCUUUCUUUCUUUCUUUCCCCCGUCCAGGUCGUGGAAGCCGGGGACAUCAUCGAGCCCUGCUGCGCAGCAGCCGCAAGAACGGGACCAGCGAUGAGCGCGGGCGAGCUGGAAUCGCAAGCAAUUCGUGUCGUGAGCGAGAUUUUGCAGCACCAGGCCGUCUCGGUUGAAGAAAAGGAGCACAAAGUUCCGUCAAAGAGUGACUCGCUGGGCAUCGAUGAAUUCGACGACCAGAUCAUCCUGCCGAGCGAAGACGACGGCUACGAAGACACCUUCAGUACAACCACGAGUUUGCUCGAUCUCGCAACGGAAGAGAACAACGAAGGCGAGAGCAUACCCGUGGAGAACGUCGACGACGCCGCAUCUCGAGUGGAGGCAGAUCCAGGGCCUGUAGAAAUGAACUUACUGCUGGUUGUGGCUCUGCUCGUCCUCAUUUGGUGGCAGCUCUACCGCAAGUCCGCCGUAGCAUCGCAGCCGUGGUCACUCGCGAACCAUCCAACUCUCCGAUAAACGUCACGCAAGAGCGAGUCUUCCUUGAUCGAAACAAAAGGAGACCAAAGCGUUUUUUUUCCUUUUUUUUUUCUUUUUUUCCUAUGGAUACCAAAAUCCUUGUCUUUUUGUUCCAAGUAAUUGGAAUUCUGGGAUUUCCUUCGUA